AUGUCGCGAAAGAAUUUCAAUAUUGUGUUUAUUAGGUCGUAUUUAAAUGCAGAAGGGUCUAUAAAGUCUAAAAGGGUUGAUUUUCUUGAUAUAAAGAAAGAGAAAGCAAAAACAUUGUACCACUGUGGUAUCUGUGGUAAAUCAUUUUCUCAGAAAGGAAGUAAUUUAACUAAACACAAGUGCUGCUAUACAGGAGAAAGGCAAUAUCACUGUGGUAUCUGUGAUAAAUCAUUUUCUCUAAAUUGUAUAUUAACUAAACACAAAUUCAUUCUUACAGGAGAGAAAUCUUGUCACUGUGGAAUUUGUGAUCGGUCAUUCUCUGAAGGAGGUGCCUUAACUCUGUACAAGUGCAUUUAUACAGGAAUAAAGCCAUAUCAUUGUGAUAUCUGUGGUAAAUCUUUCUCUCAAAAUGGUGCCUUAACUAGACACACAUACUUUCAUACAGGGAAGGCUAAUUCUCCGAGAAUGGAGGACGCUAAUCACUUGGAUACGUCUAACACAACUGUCUUUAACAAUAUAGAUUCAGUUAUACAACCAUAUUAUGGCGAGAAAAAUUCGCGGAAUGAAACAUUUACUAAACAAAAGCUACUGUACAGAAGUAAUCCUGAAUAUCACUGUGUGGUUUGUAGGAAAACAUUCUUUUCAGAACCCGAAGUCCUCAUCCACAAAGAAAUACACAAGAAAAAACCAUAUCACUGCGAAAUGUGUGGGAAAUAUUUUGUCUCAAAUAGGAACUUAACAAGACACAAAAGAUUGCACGCUGGAGAAAAACCGUUUCGUUGUGAAAUAUGCCCAAAAUCUUUCAUUGAUAAUUCGAAUCUUGUUAUCCACAUACGCAGUCAUACUGGAGAAAAAUCCUUUCCCUGUGAAAUAUGUGUUCACAGAACACACACCGGGGAAUACCCAUAUCGUUGUGAAAUAUGCGAAAAAUCUUUCGUUAGUAAAAGUGAUUUGACAACACAUAGAAGAAUUCAUACUGGGGAAAAACCAUUCCAGUGUGAGAUAUGUGGGAAAUCUUUCACUCAGAAUUCAAAUCUUGUUAUCCUCAAACGUUGUCAUACUGGAGAAAAUCCUCAUAUUUGUGAAAUAUGUGGAAGAUCUUUCACUCAGACUUCUAGUCUGGCUAUACACAAACGUAGUCACACUGGAGAAAAGCCUUAUCAUUGUGAAAAUAACAAAUGA